AUGAUGCAAUUAUAUAUUUAUGGGUACAUAAUUGAUUUUAUAAUAUUUCAAAAAAUUAAUGGUCAACUAUAUAGAUUUCGAUCAGCUCGAUAUAAUGAAGCAAUAAAUAAUAAUGAAAUUAUCAAUUAUGCAUUAGUGUGUAAGAGUUGGUUCAAAUUGACCAGGUUAUCGUUAGAAUCAAGUUUAAGCUAUCUAAGUUUUGACUUUUUUAAACCUCUUAUGGUAAACAAUAUCAAUAAUAGUCAGUUCAAAAUAAUAAAAGAUCCAAAUAUUAGACUAUUUCAUUCAUAUAAAGAUUACUAUGAAUUUGUUAAUAAUGAUGAUUAUAAAAAUAAUAAUAAUAAUAAUUUAAAGGUUUUAAUAAAUAUCGAAAAACCAAUUAAAAAUUUUAAUCCAUACAUAGACUAUCCAAAUAUUAAAUUUCAAGAUAAUGUCGAAUUUAAUUUCAAAAUUAAUUUUGAAGAUAAAGAUUUAUUAGAUAAAAUCAAUAAUUUAAAAAUCAAUAAAAUUACACUAUGUGGAUUUCCACCAGUAAAUUCAGAGACACAAGGAAAAAAUAGAUUUGAUAUAGUUACAAAAUUAUUACCUAAAAAGUUGGAAUACAAAGAUUCAUAUUUACACAAGGAUUACAGCGAAUUAUUUGAAAUGGAAUCUCUUGAAUCAAUCGACAUUGUAGGUCUGGAUCACGUAGAGCCAAAAACAUUAGCAAGAAUCAACAACGAAAAGACAAAGCUAGAAAUUGCGUUUAUUCCCAUUUAUUUCCACGAUAUUAUUAGGGCAGUUAAUAAUGUAGAGUUACCAACUACCGAUAUCAGUUUAAGGAAGACAUGUAAAAACUUUUGUCAAAAUAUCGAAUUCCCGAGCAACUAUAGAAAUCAAGUAAAGAAUGAUUUUGAAAUGAUGAUCCAUACUCUAAGUGAAAAUAGAACUAUCAAAUGGUUAGCUCUAGCUGAUCUCUGUAUGAAGGGGGAAUGCAAUAUUGAUAACCUGGACUACUCUUUUGUAACAAACUCAUUAAAAUCACUAAUAUUAAAUAAUAGAACAAUCAAAGAACUCGGUUUUUAUUUUUUCGAUUUAAUCGAUAAUAAUAUAAUUUCAGCACUCAGAGAAACAAGGACACUCAAAACUUUAUCAUUUGUUCCAAUUAAAAACAAACUACUUGAAUCAGCAACAACUAUAAUAGAGCAAAUUGUAUCCUACAAUAAAUCAAUCAGAGUUUUAAAAUUAUUGAAUAUGGAAUGGACCAAAAUUGAAGAUUUGUAUAAAUUAGUAGAAAUUCUCAAAAACAAUUCGAAUUCACUUCAAUUAUAUUCACUGGUACUUUUAUUUAGAAAAUCUGCAACCUUCGAACAUUUUAACCUAAUCAAAGAUAUCACAAAUAAAAUAUUUGAUCUUCAUUUAAAUAUAUACGAAAUUAAUAUUUACUCUUUGGUUGCAGAUGAAAAAAUACAAUUUCAAAUUUUAAAUAAUAAAAUAUUUAUUUACUAA